GUUCCGGCGCUGCCGCCGCUUUGCGGGAUAAACAGUAAUGGCGGAGGCGGUGGCGGCGCUGGAGACAACGGCGGGCGCGGCCGCCGCGGCCCUGGGGUCACCCGCGGCGGCUGCGGGAGCGGCGGCCGUCGCCUUCGACUUCGCGGCUGUGCCGCCGCCCUCCGCGGGGCCGGGGGGAGGCGGUUGGACCAAGCAGGUCACCUGCAGGUACUUCAUGCAUGGAGUCUGCAAGGAGGGAGACAACUGCCGCUACUCCCAUGACCUUUCCACCAGUCAGUCCACCAUGGUGUGCAGGUAUUACCAGCGAGGAUGCUGUGCUUAUGGAGAUCACUGCAGAUAUGAACAUACCAAGCCACUAAUACAGGAAGAAGUGACUGAUGUGAAUCCAGAGGCAGAAAUCUAUCCAUCAGUGUCCUCAGAGUUUGCAUCACUCCCUGAAACAGUUGAAGAAUUUAUUGCUGAGAUAGAAGAUGAAAAUACAGAUCUGGCAGCAGCAGGAGUCGGGGCUGAAGACUGGGUGAAUGCAGUGGAGUUUGUCCCUGGGCAGCCAUACUGUGGACGUGGCCCCCUUCAGGUCCUGGAAGGCUGCAGCAAGGUCACCCCGGAGCCUUCUCUUCUCCAGGCCGAACAGCCCCCACUCUCUGAGCCUUUCCUCAUAGGGGAGGUGUUCCAUCCCUCCAACCAUCUUCAUGGCCCUCAGCUAGCUGCUCCUUUCUGUGCUGAAGCACCCUUGCAGGAAAUGGUGAUUGAGGAAGAAUAUGAGAAGCAGCAGGCAGAUGUGGAGAUGAAGAAGGAGCUGUGCCCCUACGCUGCAUUAGGAGAAUGUCGCUAUGGAGAAAACUGCGUGUAUAUCCAUGGGGACGUGUGUGAUAUGUGUGGCCUGCAGGUCUUGCAUCCCAUUGAUGCUGCACAGAGAUCUCAGCACAUAAAGUCUUGCAUUGAAGCUCACGAGAAGGACAUGGAGCUUUCCUUUGCCGUCCAGCGUAGCAAAGACAUGGUGUGUGGGAUCUGCAUGGAGGUGGUGUAUGAGAAAGCCAAUCCCAGCGAGCGCCGCUUCGGGAUCCUCUCCAACUGCAGCCACACUUACUGUCUCAAGUGCAUCCGCAAGUGGAGAAGUGCUAAACAAUUUGAGAGCAAGAUUAUAAAGUCCUGCCCAGAAUGCCGGAUCACAUCUAACUUUGUCAUUCCAAGUGAAUACUGGGUGGAGGAGAAGGAGGAGAAGCAGAAACUCAUUCAGAAAUACAAGGAGGCAAUGAGCAACAAGCCAUGCAGGUAUUUUGAUGAAGGCCGUGGGAGCUGUCCAUUUGGAGGGAACUGUUUCUACAAGCAUGAAUAUCCUGAUGGCCGUCAAGAGGAGCCACAAAGACCCAAAGUAGGAACCUCAAGUAGAUACCGGGCCCAGCGGAGGAAUCGCUUCUGGGAGUUCAUCGAGGAGCGAGAGAACGGAGAUCCCUUUGAGACCGACGAGGACGAGGUGGUGACCUUUGAGCUCGGUGAGAUGUUGCUCAUGCUGUUGGCGGCCGGAGGUGAUGACGAGCUAACGGAUUCCGAGGAUGAGUGGGACUUAUUUCAUGAUGAGCUGGAAGAUUACUAUGAUUUGGAUCUAUAGCACCUGUCAGUGGAGUGUGGACUGUUGUCUUGGCUUCAGGCAGUAGCUAUUACCUGUGGUGUUGUGGCAGUGCCUGUGUUUCUCCUAGGCAGGCCGAUCAAUUCCAGGUGCUGUUGUAAUAACUUUUACCCAGGGUCUGUCUCUUCCCUUCCCCUCCUCUCCCACCCCAGGAGUGUUGUUUUUCCUCUGUUUCAACAAAUAACAAGAAAUAAAUCUUUAAAAUGUUAGUUUUUGUAAAAAUGAAUUUAACUGUCAAACAGUUAGCUUAGAUUUGUUGCUUCAUCUGUGUACCCAACAGAGUUCACCCAGUUCCAGGGUUAAAGUGUUUACAGGACUCCCACACUCAUUUUGAAGAGCCCAGAUACAAAAAUGAGCAGUGGCCAUGCAGUGGGGAUGUUAAUUGGCUGAUGGCCUUUAUUCUGUCUUUGUACCAAUAUUUCUGAUUUCAGGCCAGAUACAAAUAUUCUUUCUGGAAUCAGCUCCGUUCCAGCCCCCUCAUGUACACGUCUUCAUUUGUGACUUUUGGUCUCUGUUUACUUGCACAUUACUAUUACUACUGUGUAACCAGAACCAGGUGUGAACGUUCUGGAUUUUUACUGUGUUUAGCAUGAAAGGAAAAUGUCUUUGUGAAAGGAGAACUCUCUAUGUGUAUAUACAGAUAAAUGUAGAGUUGGACCUCAAGGAUGGGGAGACUCUGUGUAAGUUAAAAAUAACAAAACCAUCUUUCACCCCCUCUUGGUGCAUGAAGUCUUGCCUCCAAUU